GUCAUUCAGCAACACGCUUCAGCACAGAUUGCAGCAGGAUCUCUCCGGGAUCCACACAGACUGCAGCAGGAUCUCUCUGGGAUCCGCACAGACUGCAGCAGGAUCUCUCCCGGAUCCGCACAGACUGCAGCAGGAUCUCUCCGGGAUCCGCACAGAUUGCAGCAGGAUCUCUCCGGGAUCCGCACAGACUGGAUCAGGAUCUCUCAGGGAUCAGUUGAGGUUGAAUAAGGAUCUUUCGGGGAUCUGUACAGGUUAAAUCAGGAUCGCUUCGGGAACAGACUGGAUCAGAAGCAGGAUUUCCAUGUAGAAAUGGAUGAUGGGACAUCUCCGUCCAUUGACAUGUGGCGAGUGACGGGGAGGAAACCUGGGAAGGUUUGCCGGAGCCUCUUUGGGCCGGUCGAUCACACACAGGUCAGAGCUGAGCUGCAGGAGGAGCUGCGGAUGGAGCUGGAGGCAGCCAAGAGGCGCUGGGCGUUUGACUUUCAGCAGGAGCGGCCAGUUUUGGGGGAUGUCCAGUGGGAGGCUGUGUCAAGUCACAAUGUCCCGCAUUUCUAUCGAACCUCUGUGUGUGGCGGCCCACAAAGGGGACCGCAAGGUGAGGCUGAGGAGGGGAAGAUGUCACUGCCACAGAAAUCUCACCAACUGCAGAAACCUCAGAACCGCAAGAGGAAGCAAACUGUCAUCACAGAUUACUACACAAUGAAGAGGAGGUUUGGACCUUCUGGUUCUGAGUCCAAACAAUAAGGGAGAUGGGAUGAACUGUGGCUUUGAUUUCUCUUCAUGUUCCCUGGAAAACACUGGGCCUCUGUGACGAACAAUUGUCCUGGAGAAUUAUGACUCUUGGUUCAGUUACCAGCAGUUCAUUCGCACUUCUAUUAAUGGGCAGAGCCCUCCCUGAAUUACUGUGGACUUGUUGGCCUUUGAUACUCACACUCAGCCUGCUGCUGUGUGUCGGGUUUCUGUAAUUCUGAGAACGAGGACCUACACAAACAAUCGUUUGGAACCAGAUUUUCUGAAGAGUUAGUGGAUGUUGUUAUGAGAUAAACUGGGUCAUGUGGUACUCACCUACUUGAGGUGAAUGAGCUGCUGUAUCUGUUCUUCUGACACAGUCGCCCACUGAGUGUAGGCAGGCGCUCACUGAGAUCUCUCUGUUCAAUAUCAUGUCAAAGGGAUGGACACUGUGGGAGUGGGUA